UCCUCUGGGUUCCUUGCUGUACUUCUUGGGUGAGCUUUCUAUGUGUUGAGAAGGCCAGGACUUUAGAGACACGCUGCUCAUCUGAGAGGAAUUGAGUAGCCAUGGCACCUGCCAUGUAUUUUCUUGUAUAACAGAUGUCCUGAAAGUACAUUUUGUCUUUAGAGAAAGCCACAUCAGAUGUUUUUGGCAGCUGAUCUUCAGAGGAGGUCAUUGUUGAGAAAGCAGACAGCAGCAGAAAAAAUAUUGUUCCCUCUGUAGUUCCAUAGCUUCUUAUUUUGUUUCUUAGAGUGUUUCUACAUUUAAAAACAGAGGGUUGCUCUGUUUUCCUGUUUGAUUUCCUUUGCUGUCUUUUUUUUUUUUCCUUGAAUUGCUGAGGGGGUGAGGAAUGGCAGUGGCAAAACUGCCACAACCCUUCAACAGCGACUCUCCAAGGAAGGCUGAGUUUUUGAUAGGUAAGAGCUGUAGGAGAGCAAAAAACAGACUGCAGUCUUCUCUCUGUACUCCUCCAAAGUAAAUGCCCCUCACUACCUGACAUGCUCCUUUUCACAUUUUACCCACCUGUAAAGCUUUUUCCUGAAACCUUAUUGAUUUCUUUGACUGGUUCUUCCAAGUUUUGCCUUCUUUCCUGCCUUUCUUCUGAUCCCAUGUGCUUCCUGUUCUGCCUAAAUGUCAGAACUCUGAUGGAGCUCCAAUGCAGAAUAACUUCAGGUUAUUGCAGUUAUACUGAUACAAAUGUCAUUACAUUGAAAAUAAAGUUAGGCCCUUGCACUCUUAAUUUACUAAAUCUUGCUUUCCUUAAGUGACAUAUUGAUGUUACAGACUUUUUUUUUUUUUAGAAUUUAGUAGGUUAUUUUAACAAAUUCCAAGCCUACAAACUCUUCUUAAUUAAUCGAUCUCUAGAAACAAAAUAGUUAUGCUUCUAGAUCAGCCACAGAGGAAUUUUCCUCUGUUGAUGAUUAGGCAACUUAAAAUCCUAACUUAAACCAGAUUUCUGAAAUUGAUACACCAGUAAAUUGUAUGAGAUGGGAUGAGUCAAGCUGAUAAUACCUUUAAAGACUGGCCAAGAUCUAUUCCAGAAGUAGUUGUGCUUUUUUUUUUUUUACCCUUCUGAAAGUCUACUUCAAUUUUUCAUGCCCCAGUGGUUAGUAUCCUUUUACUGUCUGAUUUUAUGUGUGCUCUGUUUCUACCUGCUCUUUUUGCUCCAGCAUUGUUCAUUAGCCUAAACUGCUAUUGCACUUUUCCAGUGCUUACUCUCUUUCAUAUUUAUAGACAUACAUUACCUUUAUGGGGACAUGUAAGUGCCUGUUUCAUUUUCUGUCUCAACCUUUACUUUGUCACACUAACCCAGCCAAGUUCUGUCAGUUACCUUUUAAUAGCUAGGCUUUACAGCCUUUACAUCAUCUGAGUGACCUUCCUUUUCUUCUGAGUAAACAAGAGAUUUGAAAGACUGUUUUAAAUGUAAGUGACCUGUCUUUUGUGCAUAUGGGAUUUUACUACUACCUUAAAAUAGUCACCUUAAUCCAGUGCUCCUAGGAUCAGAGUUGCCUUUUCUUGGCAGUAUUCCACCAGAGGCUGAGUGUGCUUGUAUUGACUUGCCUGACUGGCUACAAUAUUGCUAGCAGUAUAGCCACAGGGACACAGUGUUCAUUAAAAGCUGAAAAAGCUAAUUCAAAAUCAUGGGGAAAUAUUUAAGAGCUAUCUGCCUGCCUGCUGCCACAGUUACCAGGGCUGCAUUACGUCAGCUGGCUAUGACCUGGAUAGCGCAGGUAUAAAUGUCUUAAGUUAUCGUUUUUACUGAUCCCAGUGUUAGUUCUUCACUAUUACUCCUCAUCUUUCACUACUAAUCCAUUAGUGUUUUACUUUUUGUUACGUUUUCCCCAUCAUUCAGAUUCUAGGGCUAUAAAUCCUGUUUUGAUUAUAGGCAGAACUGUACAUGCAGACCUUAACAAUGUAUCCUUCUCUUAUAGAAAUUAUGACAGUAAUAGUAAUACUUCUUCAUUCACUUUCAUUUUAAAAGUUCCUCCCUAUACAAAUCUUAGCUUUCACAUUCUCUCUUCCUUGUUUUGAUCUGCUUGUGUUUAGCAGAGUCAAGCAGAUGCAGAAAUAAGACAACUGGGCACUGCCUGCUACAUAACUGGUUAAAUAUGUAUUAGAUUCUACUUUGUGUUCCUUUUCUUAUUUUUAAGGUGAUAGCAUCUGUUGAAGCAACUAUUCCCUAUUUAUCAGGAGCAAUUUUAUCCCUUUCAACUCAGACAGUCACUGGUAGAAUUUGCUCAGAGCUGGCUGAAUGCUAUGGGCAUAUGAUAAAUUUCAGGGAUACCAUCAGCUGAGUGUUUUCUGCCACCUAUACAUUCUGUUUCUAGCAUUUGUUUGAUCUCAGAGUGAGCCUGUUCAGAGGUUUACAAAUAAGAAGAAGGGAAAAAAAAAAAAAAGGAAUUGUCUUCCAGCACCAGCUGAACUUCCUAUGCUGUCUGACCAUGGAGUCAAAUGGAUAACACAGCACACAUGAUGGGAGCUCUGCAAGUGGAAGUGUAGUCUGACACUGAUCUUCUGAGCAGCAGCUAGUGCUUAGCACAGCCAAACUCCACUCAAGGAGUACCCCUGAAGUUUUAUAAUUUCUGUGUUGAUAGGUCACAAGGCACAUACUCCUGACCUAAAAACAUUUUUCAAGGAACACAAAUGCUUGACAAGACACUGUUCUUAUGAUUACCAAUUGUUUUGAAUAGUCUGCAGAAUGUCCAUUUGGUCACAAGAUGUGAGCAAUUCUGACUUUGAUUGGAGAGGCUUGUCUCAAGUAACAACAUAGCAUCCACACCCCUGAAAUCCCUUUUCACUAUGAAAAAGAGGCUUCUUGUUCAGUCUUCUUCUUUAAAGGUAUCUUCACUAUACAUACACACAUUUCAGUUUAUAUUCAGUUCACUGGCUUGAAUACAGAGAAUAUAAAAAUAUGAUUCAGUUAAAGCAUUUAUAAGAAUAUGUAAAAAUGUUUUUAGUUAAGUAGAGCUAGAUGACUACUGAAUAAUUAUGUUAGUAAAAUUCAAGCUUUAUUGCAUAAUAGCUCUCAAAACUAAAAAAAAAAAAAAAAUUUCCCUUCUGUUUAAUCAGCUUUUUGAUGUAAAGCCAACGCCUUUCACUCUGUUGUAAAAAAACCAAAUCUGCUAUUCUAAAAUAUAAAACAUUAACUACUGGUACACAAAAACCAUUAUGGAAACAGUUUAUGUUGAAGGGGUAUUUGGUUUCCCUCAGAAAAAAAAAAAUCAUGGGCAAUAAACAUUCAAAAGGAAUCAUAACAACCUGUAGAGUAUGUAGCUGAUGCUCCCAAUUAUUCUUUUUCUGCUGCUGCAUUCCUACACUCCAGAGUACACCUCUCACCUUUACAGCGAUCACACUACAGACAUUGCUUGCACUGAAGAGAAUCACUGUUUUGGCUGAAGCAAGGAACAUAAGUGUUGCAAAACUGACUCCUCCUCUAAUGGGGUGAGCAUGUACAAGUACACAGAGUUGUAUUUCUCCCAGAGCUGCCAGGCUGAAUAUUUUGCAGUCAGAGCUCUAAAGCUUACAGGCUUUUUCUUUGUUUAUCUUUCUUUUUGGUCUUUCCCCCUCUUUCUUUCUGGAUUUUUUCCUUCUUUAAAUAUAUGAGAAACACUUUGAAAUGCUGGAUUUUCAAGUCCUUUUUCAGGAAGCAUUCAUGAGCUGGCAUGGGUCAACAAACAUUUCAUUACCAGGCAAAAUGAGCCCUUGAUCUGAUACUUCCUCCUGAGGAGAGACAGGCAUCAUGAAACAGAGAUACAUUUCAUCAGUUCAAAUAAUUUUUCAGCUUGCACUGACUACAGUAGGUCUGACUGGUCAAUCGUACCCUGGAAAACCUCAGAUAAUAAGAUGUCGUUCUCUAGAAAAGGAAACCUUUUCAUGUUGGUGGAAGCCUGGCUCAGAUGGGGGACUCCCUAACAAUUAUACCCUGUUCUACAGCAAGGACAGUGAAGAAAAAAUGUAUGAAUGUCCAGACUACCUAACAUCAGGUCCAAAUUCCUGCUACUUUGAUAAAAACCACACUAAUCCCUGGACAACAUAUAUUAUCACUGUAACGGCAACAAAUGAGAUUGGAAGUAACAGCUCAGAUCCUCAGCAUGUGGAUGUAACUUCCAUAGUUCAGCCAGAUGCUCCUGUGAACCUCUCUCUAGAAACAAACAUAUCUGCUAACCUGUCAUACCUUUGGGCAAAAUGGUCUCCACCCCCAUUAGCUGAUGCCAGCUCUAAUUUGCAUGUAUAUCACUAUGAGCUACGACUAAAGCCUGAGGAAAAGGAAGAAUGGGAGACAGUAUCUGUAGGAAUGCAGACACACUAUGAGGUGAGCAGCCUGAAAGCUGGGGUGAAGUACAUUGUUCAGGUGCGUUGCAUGUUAGACCUCGGAGAAUGGAGUGAGUGGAGCUCAGAAAGAAGCAUUCAGAUCCCUAAAGAACAGUUACCUCCUGAAAAGCCUAUAAUAAUAAAGUGCCGUUCUCCUGAAAAAGAAACAUUUACUUGUUGGUGGAAACCUGCUUCAGAUGGAGGACUCUUGACAAAACAUACUUUGCUUUACAGCAAAGAGGGAGAAGAAAAAGUUUAUGAAUGUCCAGAUUACAAAACUGCAGGCCCCAAUUCAUGCUACUUCAAUAAAAAGCACACCUCUUUCUGGACCAUAUACAAUAUUACUGUGAGGGCAACUAAUGAAAUGGGAAGUAACGUCUCUGAUCCUCAUUAUGUGGAUGUGACUUACAUAGUACAGCCAGAUCCUCCCGUGAAUAUAACGCUGGAAUUAAAAAAGUCAAUAAAGAGAAAACCGUAUCUGGUACUGACAUGGUCUCCACCCCCACUGGCUGAUGUCAGAUCUGGAUGGCUUACCCUUGAAUAUGAAUUGAGACUAAAGCCUGAAGAAGGAGAGGAAUGGGAGACUAUUUUUGUUGGACAGCAAACACAAUGCAAAAUGUUUAGUUUAAACCCUGGAAAGAGGUAUAUUGUACAGAUUCACUGCAAACCAGACCACCAUGGAUUGUGGAGUGAGUGGAGCCCAGAAAUGUAUAUUGAGAUCCCUACUGACUUUAGAGUAAAAGAUAUGGUUGUGUGGAUCAUCGUUGGUGUCCUGUCAUCUCUUAUAUGUUUAAUCAUGAGCUGGAUAAUGAUUAUGAAAGGGUACAGAAUGAUGGCCUUUAUCCUGCCACCAGUUCCAGGACCAAAGAUAAAAGGCAUAGAUACACAUCUGCUGGAGACAGGAAAAUCUGAAGAAUUACUGAGUGCUCUUGGUUGCCAUGGUUUCCCUCCAACAUCAGACUGUGAGGAACUACUGAUAGAAUAUCUGGAGGUAGAGGACAGUGAGGAUCAGCAACUUAUGCCAAGUCAUGACACUCCCAGUAAAAAUACAAAAAUUAUGCUCAAGGAAACAGACAGUGACUCAGGCCGAGGGAGCUGUGAUAGUCCUUCUCUCCUCCCUGUGAAGUGCAGGGAAUCCCGCAGCCUUCCAUCUGCUCUUCAAACACAAGAUGUAAGAGCUAAAGAAAAGAAAGGGGGGAAAGGGAGCUGGGACACUCGGUGUAUGGCCUCAGAACAGAAAACACUCCCUUGUGAGAGUAUAAAGACGUGCACUUGGCUGGCAGCUCAGUUACCCAGUAAUCAGGCUGCUAUGUUUGCCUACCACAGCACUGUGGAGGCAUUCAAGAUAACACUGAACACCACAAAUGUGAACAAUUCACCAGUUUUGGUGGGAAAUGAAGAAAAUCGUCAGUCGCUAUAUCCUAUUGCUGAAACUGUGUAUGAUGAUGUGGAAAAGGUAAGCGAGAUGGAGUAUUCCAAAACUGACCAAACCACAGUGCAGGUCAGACAAAAUGAACAUAGUAACAAGUCACCUUUCCUGAAUCCUAAACUAAUGGACUAUGUAGAAGUUCAUAAAGUCAGACAAGAUGAGGAACCAACUCUAUUACUGAAACAUAAAGAAAACAGUGGAAAGACAAAAAAAUGCACUGUUCCAGGAACCAGCAAAGAAUAUACCAAGGUCUCAACAGUUGUGGACCAUCACAUUUUAGUAUUAUUGCCAGAUCAGCGCAGCCAGAACACACCUGUAUCUCAAGAACCUGUAGCAGAAACAUCUCAGAACCCUCAGCAAAGUCAAGCUGAGAAGAACACAAGCUACAGCACAACAGCUCCAAGUGACUCCAGAAGAGACACCAGUGGAUCAGACUACAUGGAUCCAUCUUCCUUUAUGCCGUCCUUCAAAUAACCUUUUAGUACAGCACAUACUUAGUCUUUACACACAGUAAAACAAAAUCACAUAACAAACAGUUGUUUAGAAAAGUCUAGCCUCUGAAAGCCUAAUCUCCUAUGUGCAUUGUACAGGUAAUAAAAUAAUCUGUGAAUUGAGGUAAUAAUCAUGGAUGUAAAUCUUGGAUCAUUAGCACACAUUUCUGAUACAGUGAAAUGAGGAAAUGGAUCUUGUCUGUCAUGAAAAUGCACUGAGGAAAUACCACAGAUUCAAUAAAGAUGAAAAUUGUUAUGGGUCAGUCAGCAAACCACAGUGAUCUGAGCUGAGUUCUUACAUUAGAUAAAUCAUUGCAUAACUGUGUUCUUACCUAUAAUAUGUUUUCUUAUGAGUGCAUUCUGACACUACAUUAAGUUUUCUUUAUCUUUUUUCUCAAUCCUUGAGAAAAAGGAACUCUUGUACAUGACAAAUCAUAUAUAAAAACUAAUAUAUUCUACAAAUUGUAGUAAAAUAACAAAUACUUCUAAAUAUAUUUUUGCUUUGUUUCUAUGUGACAGAAAACUGCAUCCCAUUCAUAUCCUAGUCCAGACAAACCAAAAUGAAGAAGAAAGCAGGAUAAUAUGUCAUAUACUGCCUUACUGUAUAUAAUAUACAAUUUUACUUUAAUAUAAGCCCAUAUGUUUAACAAUCUAUUUUUAAAGGCUAUUUUUCUAUUACCAAAAAAAAGAGCAAAGUAAAAUAUUUUUUGAUUUCCCAAUGCUAUUUAGCUGCCUAGGAACUUUUCUCUUUCCUUCUGCUGAGGCAGUAACAGGUAAACCUGUAAUUUCUAUAAGAAGCAUAAAAUUAAACUUUAUACUAAUUAAGAAUAUGGAAACAUUUUUAAACUAUAUUUCUAAUAUAUUACAAAUGUCUUACUAUUUGAAUUGUAAAUUAUUUGUUUCACAGGUUUUAUAUCACCUGUAAUUAUAUAAUUAAAAUAGAGUUUAGGUUUUGAGACCCGAGGUUCUUUCCCUUUGAAUUUGUAUUCUUAUGCCAGUUGUAAAUGACAUGGGGCUCUCCUGUAUCCUGCACUUUUCUCUGAGCCUCGAAGUAAAGUCUGAAGUCAGAUUUUUUUAUCAUGAAUUUAUAAACAUUUGUUUUGGAAUCAGCCUCGAAGGUCUGAUUCAGACCUCCACUGAAAAAGCAGUGGAAGUGAGGAGAUGAGUCCAUGUACUUAGGCUGGUCAUAUGUCCCCAGAACAGCAGUGGGAACAGUAAGGAUUUGUUAUAUCCCAUGUAACUGAAGACAGAAUCAAAAUGAUGCUGUAGUGGCUACUAAGUUGCUCCGGCCUUCCUUCUUGAAACAAAAGUUUAAUUGAGCCCAGAAAACUAUGUCUAUGUGGUGACAGAUUCAAGGCAGGACAAGUAUUUAGCUAGCAUCUCUAGCUUCAGGGGAAACUGAAACUUAAGGUGAGGAAAUCAUCCUGUACCUGUGGAGGAGAGUGUAUUUGAUAGACGGGCUCUCUUUUGUUAGUCUCCUUCCUGAACAGCUUUACUUUUCUCCAUAUUUUUAUUAUUUUGUGCACUGAGUGAGCCUUCCUGUGGGAUCAGGUACCUGCUGCAGAGCCAGACAAAAGAGAAUUUCAGAUUUUGAAGGUCCCAGAAGGCCACAGAGGGCCCAGAAGGCUGAAUUUCUAAUUCAGCAAAUCAGAUUCUCACCCUUUACCUUUGAAGCCAUGGAACUGCUCAAGCACAGAUUGGUAGAAUCACCUAGCCUUUGCACAGGCAGGAUAUUAGAGCUUAACUAAGUAUCUCUGUGUCUAUAAAUGUCAGUGGUAGUGUAGACUGUAACAUUAGGAUGGCAUCAGAUUUAGAGCCUGUCCUCUAUACAGGCAACUGCCCACUCUCAGGGGCUGAUCAGUGCAGUAUGGAUGCUCUGCUGAAGAUGUGGGAAGGUAUCCUAGAUUCCUAAUUCAACCACUUAUUUAACAUGUGAAGAUAUGAAGGGGCUACUCCAGGUAUCAAACAUAAAACUCUGUUCAGUUAUAGUUAAUAGAAAAAAAUUACCAUAGAUACUCUGUUUGUAGUAUACCUUACAAAUUUCUAGAAAUGCUAGAAGUACUGCAGAAAACCUCCCGAGUUAUGAAGAACUUGUGUGUGUGGAAGUGUAUAAGCUGACAACACACUGUGUCUGACAGUGUGCAUAAAGAUAGGCUGCUACAAGCCUUCUGGGAUGUGUCUAGUAAUGCACAGAAGCUGUAGUAUCUCAUCAAGCCUACAGCCUAAAGAUGCUCCUUAUAGAAUAGAUUUCUUAGGUUAGAACACAGUAACUACCCAAAUAUCCGACAGCAACAGGCUGUUCCCACCCAUAUCUUUUUACCUGAAGUUACUUUUCACCUAAAGCAAACAGACAUAACAGUUAGCAGGUUUAAAGUAUGUGAUUCAUCCUGCCUAACUGUAGGCAUGUGUGCCUUCAAUAGUCCACACAGAAGGAGAGUCAAGGAGGUUCUGUGCUUUGUCAUAAAUGAAUACUGAAACUCUAAAACAGUUGUAGCCCAAAUUACUUGUGUGGUGUUGAGCAUCUCCCACCUUUGCUGAUGAAUGUCUCAAUAUGCCAAAUCAUCAUGGCUCCCUGUGAAAAGGGGAAGUCAACUGCAGUGGAAAAGGGGCAUUUGCUUGCUGCUUUGAAGUUUUGGGGGAUUUGCUAGCUAAAUGUAAUUUAAAUGCAUUGUCAUAAGUAUAUUUAAUUCUUGAAGCUGAACAAAUGUGCAGAUAGAUUAAUUUUCCCUUGAAUUUGCUUAUAUUUUCCAAAACACCUUGCUCCUCUCAAUGGCAGAGCUUCUGAAAGUGACCUUAAACAUUUGAAAGUACAUUUUAAAAAUUUAAAAAUAGUGUUCCGUAAAAUCAGAAUAAUCUUCAGCUAAGUGUUUGGUCCUUUGAAUGUUCAAAAUUUUUUUUCUGUUUGCAAUGAUAUUUUUGCUUGCAGGUCUUUAAGCUUUUCAUUAGGAAGUACAUGAGUUUUUGAAGCAGUUCUACAGAGUCAAUCAGUGUAAAAUUAUGACACACCAGUGCGGAAAAACAGGCUCUUCAUACCUCCUUUGAUAUCCAGAGGGAUGAAUAGAAUGUACCCCAGGAACAGGGAUCAGCCCUCUAACUCUUGCACCAUUAGUCAAAUUUCUCACUUGGAAUAAUUAUUUCAAGAAUGUGAAAGAUGUUUUCAAUGCCAAAGUUAUCCAUGUGUCAUUUAUAGUGUGAACUACUUUGUAAUAGCAUAAAAGCCCUAAAAGGUAGCAUAAAAACUCUUCUACAUAAUUAUUUUUACAACAUUCCUAAAAUUUAACAUGUAUAUUUUAUUUAAUUACCUUUCCUUCUGACUCAGACUAAUUUUAUUAACAUUUUUUCUUCAGUAAUGGCAAAUAUGAUUCAUUACCAUACAGUUAUUUACUAGAUUUUUUUUUUAGCAGAGACAUAUUUGAUGUACAAUUUUUGUAUUUCUGCGUAAUAUUUCAGACUUUAGAAGAAAUACAAACUAAUGAAUUGGCAUGUGCUCAGAAAGCUCAGUAUCACACAUGAUAGGACUUUAGGUUGGCCUUGAUGAUACUAUGUAACUACAAAGAUUAUUUAAUUAAAAUGCAGUGAAUUAACCUGAUAUAAUGUUAGUAAGAGGAUGUAUGUGUUUAUGGAACAAACUGUAAAACAAAUAUGUAAUGAUGAUUUAUGUCAAUCCAGUGAAUUCUGUAGUAUAUAUGUCUGUGUGUCUAUGUUUUAAAUGGCUGAAAAAUAGACAGCUGCUUUAAAUGUCAUUCACGUAUCCAAAGUGUAGUAGCAUCAGGUGUUCAAAAUGAAUAAGCAGAUUUUUUUUAUGCUCUCUGAAGCAUUGUGUAUGUGGGGUUUACAUCAUGAAGCCUGUAAGUGUAUUUUAUAAUUUCAUGGCAACUAUAAACUGAUCUGAAGGUGUUGUGCAAGGAAACUGAAGUUCUGUAAGCCAGUUGAUAGACAUCAGACAUCUUCUACAAAGCCAUAAAGACAAAUAGAGUGAAAAAAGUGUUAUGAGAUAAGUCAUCACAUUCUCAAAUAACUGCUACCUCAGAUUUUUUUUUUUUUGCUCCCUUUAAACGGCAAGCAGGAAAAAGCAUUUUGCUUUGUCUGUAAAUUUGUGACUCAUUCUAGCAAGAAUUUUAAAAUUUUAUUUGUAAAUUGAAUUAUUUUUGUUAACAAACAGCUUGUCAUGGAAUCAUCACUUGCGUGGCAGUGGUAGUUUGAGGAUGGAAUAUUUGAGAUGUGUAGCAAAAUUAAAUGUUUUUAAUAUGGGGGGAAAAAAAACAAACUAAAGAAAAUUCCACUUUGUAAGAAUGUCCUUGGUGCCCAGAUUGGCAGUCAAGUAUCAGUUCCAUUCCUGGCCUGAAAAGUUUUUUGCCAUAUUUCCAGGUCACUAGGACUGAUUGAGCCAAUUUUCCAGAGGUGCUUUCAUUCUGGAUCUCAGCUAUGGAACUUGGUAUUUAUCAAUACUUCUAUUUAGAAUUACCUGUUUUCAACUGAAUUCGUAGGAAGCAAACCUUUCAAUUCUGUCUCUCAAUGAGUAAAAAUGGAAAGCCCUCCUCUCAACUAUCUCAAACAGUAUCACUAAAAUCUGGCUCCAGUUCCUGUGGGUGUGGAAAGAUGGACUGAAUUAUAAAAUCAUUUGAAUAACCUUGUGGCUCAGCCUUGAAAACCAUUUUGAAACAAAUCAGAGAUUUUCUUCAUUUUUCUGGUGUAUGUUGAGCAGAAAAAUAAAGAUAAAUGGAUGCCUAAAUACAUAAUACAUGGGGAUAUAAAGAGUUUAAAUAUCAUAGAAGCAUAGAACAGCUUAGGUUGGAAAAGACCUAUGAGGCCAUAGUCCAAAUGUUAACCUGGUUCUGCCAAGUCCACCACUAAGUGGCAGGAAGAGGGACAAGGCUCCUGCAUGUGACAGAAUGGAAAAGGAGUACAGUCACUAUGGGAUGGUACAUGGUAGAUGAUGAGGGAAAAAAUGCAUUUUGACUACAGCUGAAAAGAAUGGGGAAAGAUGAAAAAAUGGAAGGGAAAGAAUUAAAUAUGAGGAUAGACAGUAAAAAAUGAGCACUAGCAGAACUGAGAGGAGUGAUAAAUAAGUUAGUGAGGGGGAAAAAAAGGAAGAGAAGAAAAUACUUUAAUAUCAACAAUGGGAAUGUGCACAACUACCUGAUAUAGCCCACAAAACUAGUAGCCAUUUUGCCAAUUAGCCUUAUUGUUGGCAAAAUGCUGAAAUCAGCUACUAUGGAUCAGCUGUUUCAUAUGAGCAGAAAAAGUCUCAUACAUGAGAAGUAGUCAUUCAUUUUCUAUCCAUUAUGAGAUUUUUCUUCCCUCAUCUGACAUUGAUCCCAGGCAAAAACAAAACUUGAAGAGUCAGGCUCAGCAUCUGAUCUGACACUCCAUUUCCUACAUUUCUAAGGGGAAAAAGUAAAGAGAAACUGAUUUUAUAAAAAAACGUUCUGUUAUUCACACAGAUAUACAGGUGAGAUUUAUUUAUCCAUUUACAUUGUCCCACACAUAUGUCUACCAUUCUUAAGCAUUCUUUUGUUUUUAUUUAGUAUAUAUAAUGCAAUGAUCUAGAAGAUCCAAGAGAAAAAAUACUUUGGGGAUAUUACUGAGCAGCCUCUUGGCAUUUCUGGGCAUUGUUUCAGUUUGUACCUGUGACAAUGUAUCUGUUAAUACUUUCCUUAGUUAGAAAGUCUCUAUCUUGGUAAUAAAUUCUGACAAUAACCAAGUUAGGAUUAAAAUACAUCUCUUUAAUAUGAUGCAUUUUUAAGAGGCACUAUUAUAUCUGUUGGAAGUAGUUAAGAAAAAUACCUGCAUUAAUUGUGUGGCCUCAAGAGUGCUGAUAUGCUAAAAACUGAUCUUAUACUCAAGAUGUGGGUGCAUACAGCAGUUAGAUAUAAAAAGGUCUUUUUUAUAUAUUCCUCUUUUUGGAAGGUUUAUUGUCCUUUUCUACUUGGUGAUGCUGCUUGUCUUGGAUCUUGUCAUUAUUUAACUAUCUUUUUAAACAAUGCUGCUUUUGGAUCUAUUUUUGUGAGCUGCUGAGUACCUUCACCUCAUUUUGACAUUAAUGAACAUUCAAAGAUUUCAUUACAGUUCCUGCAAUGGUUAGUCUUAGAGACUUGUAGCACUGAGUAGAAUUUUUAGAGGAUGCUGGAAAUCAUUGUACAAAUGACUUGUAGAAAAUAUCCCUUCAGUAGGAUGCAAAACUAUACAUGUCUAGAAAAAGAUAGAUUUUACUACAGACAGAACUAUAAUGAUGUUGUAUCAUCUUUUUAAAUAUUCAUAAUGCUGUAGACUACUCUUAAUUCUCAUCCCUUUGUCUUUCAUUCCAAAAGGGAGAGGAAACUACUGCUCAGCUAUUCUUAGAAAGAGCUCCUGGGCUGAUUUAGUGUUGUUUAUUUUUCAUUUUGGAAAUUUUUUCUAUUCUAACUGCAAAAACGUUUCAUCUGAUAUAAUACAACCAUCAGUUCUUAUAUAUGUGUUACAUUACUCAGAGUUACUCGGCACUAUAUUGGCCUCUGAAAUAUUUUUGUUGUUUUUGUGUAUGUUUUAGUCACUGUGUAAGAUACAACAGUACUGAGGGCACUGUUAUGAAAAAGUACAGCCCAGAAAAAACAUGAUAAUCAUUAACUGAUUGUAUUUGUUCAAAAUUCUGAUGUGCUACGAAGUGAGGGUAAAAGUCUCUGGAACUCCCUUGCCUUUAAUUGUGCCAGCAGACUCUCAUAGAAACAAAAUUGCACCUUCUGAAUAAUAUCCAGAAUAAACAGUGUAUUUUCAGCAGAGAAAGAGCUGGCCCAAUACUUAAAGCAAACUUAUUUCCAUUUUCAUAAACCAUUUGGUUGGUAGAUUUCAAAUACAAGCUAGGCAUUUUUUCCACUACAGUUUCCGAAGUUGUGUGCAAUGUGGAUACAUGAGAGGUUUUUGCAGUGUCAUUACUGUAGCAACAGAAUGACUUUAAGCACAAUUAUUCUGUGAACCAGAUCCAAAUUUUUUUGUAAAUUUCUAAAAUACAAUAAGUUGUAAGAAUUAGAUUUCAUAUGUUGUAUGUACAUUCUUUGGAGAAUACUGGUAUAAAAGUAGUUGCUCAGGAAUUCUUCAUUGUUUCUAAGUGUAUCUAAAGGAAAAUGCUUUCAAAUACAUUUUUUAAGUUCUUAAUACUGAAAAUGCUGGCUUUACUAAAAUCUGUUCGUGUUUUUACUUGUAAGAUCAAUAUUGUUAUGAGGUCUGUAGCUUUGUGAUGAAUUUUUUGAUCUUUUGUCAUUGUAAAAUCUCUUUGCAAUGGUGUUCUCAUUUCAGUUUAAUAAAAGUUUGUGAAUAAAA